AUGGCUUAGCAUCUCUGCAAAACCAACACAAAGCUCUUUUUUAUUCUCUUCAAAAUCAUUCCAACAAAAGAAGAAACCCUGAAACACAAACUGGCCCACCCACCACCACUACCACAAUAUCUCUCCUUCCUCCUCCACCACCACCACCAGAGUCAUCACCGGGACAAGUAAUGAGGAAACCAAUUCAUGCCCUAGAUUAAGAACCAGAAUCCUUUUUUUUUAGACAAGAUCUCUCUACAUACACUCUACACAUUUCACUUGUACUUUAUAAUACUACCUUUAUCUAUGUGUGUGUAUAUAAAGCUUCACUUGUUGCUUUAGGGGUAAGUAAAGGAAGAAACUUUUCAGUUGGGUUUCUUUUAUUUUUUUUUGGUUUGUUGAUUGUGUUGAAGAAGAUAGAGAGAUGGGAAGAGGCAAAGUAGAGCUGAAGAGGAUAGAGAACAAGAUCAAUAGACAAGUUACUUUUGCAAAGAGAAGGAAUGGUUUGCUUAAGAAGGCUUAUGAGCUUUCUGUCCUUUGUGAUGCUGAGAUUGCUCUUCUCAUUUUCUCUAACCGUGGCAAGCUCUACGAAUUUUGCAGCAGCCCUAGUGGUAUGGCGAAGACGGUUGAUAAGUAUAGAAAACAUAGUUAUGCAACAAUGGACCCAAAUCAAUCAGCUAAAGACUUGCAGGAUAAGUACCAAGACUACUUGAAGCUCAAAUCAAGAGUUGAAAACCUUCAACAUUCACAAAGGCAUUUGCUUGGUGAAGAGCUAGCCGAGAUGGGAGUGAAUGAGCUUGAGCAGCUUGAACGCCAAGUAGAUGCAUCACUAAGACAAAUAAGAUCAACCAAGGCUAGGUCAAUGCUUGAUCAACUAUCUGAUCUCAAAACAAAGGAGGAAAUGUUAUUGGAAACCAACAGAGACCUUAGGAAAAAGUUGGAGGAAAGUGAUGCUGCGCUUACUCAAUCGGUUUGGGGAGCUUCUGCGGCAGAACAUUCCCAACAACUACAGCAACAACAACAACUACAGCAGCAACAACAACAACAACAACAACAACAACAACAACAACAACAACAACAACAACAAGGCAUGAGCUCUUAUCAACCGAACCCUCCAAUUCAAGAAGCAGGUUUCUUCAAGCCACUACAAGGCAAUGUAGCAUUGCAAAUGAGCAGUCAUUACAAUCACAAUCAUGCUGCUAUGACAAACGCAAACAACUCUGCAACAACAUCACAGAAUGUUAACGGAUUCUUCCCAGGGUGGAUGGUCUGAAACGAUGAUAUACAUAUAUGUGUGUUUUAUAGAUCAAAGAUCAUUAUUGCUUUGUGUCCUUUAAGUUUUGCCAGAGAAACAUUGUUCAUUAAUUAUUACAAACUCUGUUAUAUAAUCAAGCGCUGUAAUGUCAAA